AUGGGUGUGGUGAGCAGCAAAAGGCAGGCCAAGGAGAAGGGGAAGGGCAGGUGGAGCCCCGUGAAGGCCGGCACCCAGGGCAAAGAGGCCCCACCACUGCCGCCCCUGGUCGUGUUUAACCACCUGGCUCCGCCCCCUCCUGACACCACGCACCCGGACCAAGAGGAACACUUCGUGGUGGCCCUGUAUGACUACAAAGCCGUGAACGACCGGGACCUGCAGAUGCUAAAGGGGGAGAAGCUGCAGAUCCUGAAGGAAGCUGGAGACUGGUGGUUGGCCAAGUCUCUCAUCACAGGAAGAGAAGGCUACGUGCCCAGCAACUUUGUGACCCGAAUAGAGACCCUGGAAGUGGAAAAGUGGUUCUUUCGAUCAAUUUGCCGGAGAGAUGCCGAGAGGCAGCUUCUGGCUCCAAUCAAUAAGGCUGGCUCCUUUCUUAUUAGAGAGAGCGAAACCAGCAAAGGUGCCUUUUCUCUGUCUGUGAAGAAUGUGACCGCCCAGGGGGAGGUGAUCAAGCACUAUAAGAUCCGCUCCCUGGAUGAAGGCGGCUAUUACAUCUCCCCCCGAAACACCUUCCCCACCCUGCAGGCUUUGGUGCAGCAUUAUUCCAAGAAAGGGGAUGGUUUGUGCCAGAGGCUGACCCAACCCUGUGUGAGCCUGGCUCUCCAGAACCCCUGGGCCCAGGAUGAAUGGGAAAUCCCCCGGCAGUCUCUCAAGCUGGUCAGGAAACUUGGAUCUGGGCAGUUUGGCGAAGUCUGGAUGGGUUAUUACAAAAACAACAUCAAGGUGGCCAUCAAGACCUUGAAGGAGGGAAGCAUGUCUCCGGAGGCCUUCCUGGGUGAGGCCAACCUGAUGAAAACUCUCCAGCACGAGAGGCUGGUCCGUCUCUACGCCGUGGUCACCAAGGAGCCCAUCUACAUCGUGACCGAGUACAUGGCCAGAGGCUGCUUGCUGGAUUUCCUGAAGACAAAUGAAGGUAGCCGACUGUCCCUCCCGAGGCUGAUCGACAUGUCGGCCCAGAUUGCAGAAGGAAUGGCGUAUAUCGAGCAGAUGAAUUCAAUCCACCGGGACCUGAGGGCGGCCAACAUCCUGGUGUCUGAGACCUUGUGCUGCAAAAUCGGUGACUUUGGCUUGGCCCGGAUCAUCGACAAUGAGUACACUGCCCAAGAGGGGGCCAAGUUCCCCAUCAAGUGGACUGCCCCAGAGGCCAUCCACUUCGGGGUGUUCACCAUCAAAGCAGACGUGUGGUCAUUCGGAAUCCUCCUGAUGGAAAUCAUCACUUACGGGCGUGUGCCCUACCCAGGGAUGAGCAACCCCGAGGUCAUCAGCAACCUGGAGCGCGGCUACCGUAUGCCGCGCCCAGACUCGUGCCCACCCGAGCUGUACAGCGGCGUCAUCGCCGAGUGCUGGCGCAGCCGGCCUGAGGAGCGGCCCACCUUUGAGUUCCUGCAGUCGGUGCUCGAGGACUUCCACACGGCCACCGAGGGCCAGUACGAGCUGCAGCCCUAG